UCGGUUCGCGUUUUCAUUAGUGUUUACUUGCAAAAAGGUUUCAUCCGUUUCGACGUGCUGGUGCGCCGGUAAUUUUUGUUUUAAGUAGAACAGUGCUAUCAUGAAGAUCGACAUCCAUCCUCUGACGGAUGAUCCAACGCUGGCGUGGAAAGACAUUUCCAAAUCCCAGCGAGUAAUAAAAAUCAACACCAAGCCACCCGGCUCGGAUGUUCCGAACAACAAGGUGCGGGUGGUUUGCAUGUCCGAUACGCACUCCCUUACGCAUCAUAUAAAAUUUGACAUCCCUGAUGGAGACAUCUUUAUCCACGCGGGAGACUUUACCCGUUGUGGCAAGCUGGACGAAGUCGUUGACUUCAACAAUUGGUUGGAGAAAUUGCCGCACAAGCAUAAGCUGGUCAUUGCAGGUAAUCACGAGCUCAGCUUCGAUCAUACGUUUACGCACCCAUUCCAGAAUGCGAGUGCUUGUUGUAAAAAGACCGGCAGUACAUUGCUAGACGAAAUUCCAACGCUAGGCAACUCCAAAGAAAGCCUGGCGGAAGCGGUAAAAACGGAAAACAUUCGACAAUAUCUUAGUAAUUGUGUGUACCUGCAGGACGAGUGUAUCGAAUUGUAUGGUUUGAAAAUAUACGGCACUCCGUGGCAGCCUGAAUUCUGCAAGUGGGCAUUCAACCUAAAACGAGGCCAAGAUUGUCUGGAUAAGUGGGAGAAGAUUCCGGAGAACCUGGAUAUUCUAAUCACCCAUACGCCUCCCGUUGGUCAUGGCGAUUUGUGCUGUUCCGGAGUUCGUGCGGGAUGUGUGGAACUACUAACGACCGUGCAACAGCGAGUCAAACCGAAGUACCAUGUGUUUGGCCACGUACACGAAGGCUACGGCAUCACAUCGGACGGUAAGGUCAUUUUUAUCAAUGCCUCUACUUGUGACAUCAACUAUCUACCAAACAACCACCCGAUCGUGUUUGAUGUUACGCUUCCGAAAGGGCGAACUAAAGAUGAGGCGUAAGAGGGACAUAGUGUGGUAAAAUUUAUGAUAGCUUAGUUGAUAACGCUUAGGACCUAGAAGAUAAUGAUUUACAGUGCAUAGAUGCCAUGACACAUUGCGGAAAAGUGGCGUAGAUGUAGCUUACACGUUACGGUUACACGAAACUAUAAUGUUCCAGUGACAUCAAACUUAUUAAUAGGGCUUAGGCUACAAUUGAACAGUUCAUUCAUAAAAUCACAACACGACAAAAUCAUACGACUGGGAGAUCAAAACGGACAUACCGGUAUACUUUUGAGCUGAGUUUUUUUUUUAAUUAGCCUACUAAGCUUUUUCAAUACAAUCAAUGUUCAUUUGCUGGAUGAAGUCAACAACUUUGUUCCGGAAAUGUUUAGAAAAACAGCAGAACGGGUUGUACCAUUACAUAAGAAUUAAUGGAGUGAAUCAAACUUGAAACGUAUUUUUCUCGGCUUGCUGAAUUGUGCUAUGGGACGGGCUAGCCAUGAGCGACAUAGUACUUCCUGUAAAUUUUUUGUGACGUUCUUCAGUUGUGACAUUUAGAGAAAGUUGUUGGAAUGUUGGGAAAUCGCUAAGGUGAAUAUUUUGUUUCUGGAGUAAUAAUUUUUGUAUACUAUUUGAAGAGUUGGAAUAAGCGUUUCUGGACAAUGGAUAUAUAUUUUUUUCGGAUUGGUAUGAUUGUGAAGAAUCCUUAGGAGUGCUGGAACUCCAAAAAUAAUUGUUGUUAUAGUUUUCCUAAACACGCGUGGGGAAAUUUUUUCAACUAGUUCACAUUCUGUCUGACACG